AGGAUGUGAACUAAUGAACAGUCGGAAAUAAAUUUUAUCUCGCUAACUUCUUCUCUAUUCAUGUGACCAUAAAAAUAUCGUAGAUGGAUAACAACAAAAAUCAAAACGAUAACAACAUGGGUUUGAAUAAGACUCCUGGUGAAAGCACUGCAGAAGAUAAUUCAGACAACACUAAUGUAGAUCUAGAAGAAUUUGAAAGUGUAAGCAAUGAAAUUGACAACUUGAAUAAUAUCCUCGAUACAAUGGAAUCAAAUGUUGACAACAUCAAGGAUCAAUUAAUAGAUAUCUUAAUGUCGAACAGAGAAAUUUUGAAGGAAUUGAAAGAAGAAAAUCAGAAAGCAGCGGAAACCAAAGAGAAGAAUCCUGAAGGAGAUUCAGGAAAUCAAAUGGAAUCACCUUAAUUAAUAUAAUCAGCUGAUAAAAUAAAUACUAUGCAUGUUCAGUAUUAUACUAUAUCAAAAGUUUUUAAAAAUUGUAAGUGUAAAUAUGAAAUUGUCAAUAAGAUUGCAGCAUUAAAAGUUUGAAAGUUCUACAUGAUGCAACAAUUAUAGAAAAAUUUGAAUAAUUUAAAAUUGAAAUAGCACUUGUUAAUGUUUGUGCUUCGUGACUUUAAUUUAUGAUUGAAUUUAUUUACUUAUAACAAAAGAGUUCUUGUUGUUGACAAGAAAUUUUAUCAAGUGCAAAUCAGGGGAUAUUUAUUUAGAUUUUCCAUCAUCUAUCUAAUUUCCUUCACCACUUUGUUAUUUAAUUUAUUUAUUUCCAUUACUUCGUAGAUUUUAUGUAUGGUCAAUUCAAUAAAACAUCAUAAAACUCAAAAACUGAUACAAGAGUUUAUCUUUUCAC